AUGGCGGCCGAGGCGCGCGUGUCGCGCUGGUACUUCGGUGGGCUGGCGUCGUGCGGGGCCGCCUGCUGCACGCACCCGCUGGACCUGGUCAAGGUGCAUCUGCAGACGCAGCAGGAGGUGAAGCUGCGCAUGACGGGUAUGGCGCUGCAGGUGGUGCGCUCCGACGGCGUCCUGGCGCUCUACAACGGGCUGAGCGCCUCCCUCUGCAGACAGAUGACCUACUCCCUGACUCGGUUUGCCAUCUACGAGACCGUGCGGGACCACGUAACCAAGGGCAGCGAGGGCCCCCUGCCCUUCUACAAGAAGGUCCUGCUGGGCUCCAUCAGUGGUUGUAUCGGCGGCUUCGUGGGGACCCCCGCGGACAUGGUCAACGUCAGGAUGCAGAACGACGUGAAGCUGCCCCAGAAUCAGCGCCGAAACUACGCCCACGCCCUGGACGGCCUGUACCGCGUGGCCCGAGAAGAGGGUCUGAAGAAGCUGUUCUCGGGCGCAACUAUGGCGUCCAGUCGAGGGAUGUUGGUCACCGUGGGCCAGCUGUCCUGCUAUGACCAAGCCAAGCAGCUGGUUCUCAGCACGGGGUACUUGUCCGACAGCAUCUUCACUCACUUUAUCGCCAGCUUCAUUGCGGGUGGAUGCGCCACAUUCCUGUGCCAGCCCCUGGACGUGCUGAAGACCCGGCUGAUGAACGCCAAGGGCGAGUAUCAGGGUGUUCUGCACUGUGCCAUGGAGACAGCGAAGCUUGGGCCGCUGGCCUUUUACAAGGGCCUCGUGCCUGCCGGCAUCCGCCUCAUGCCCCACACCGUGCUCACGUUUGUGUUUCUGGAGCAGCUUCGCAAACACUUUGGCAUCAAAGUGCCGUCCUGAUGUGGCCGUGGGAGCAGCUGGGUCAUGCCCAGCCCCCUGCCUCAGUUUUUUUCAGAGUCCUGGAGGGUCAGCAGCUGAGCGCUGCCCUGAGCCCAGCACCUGCCCGUCGUGCUCCGGCCCCCUCCUCCCUGGC